GAAAAAUGUAAUUUUGAGAUCAGCCAGUUCGUUCCCAAUGAAAAGGCUGCAGAUUUUGAUUCAUAUCCAAUGCCAGAUAGCGAAACAGAGGUAGAAAGGUUGAGGAGUUUGCACUUUUCGAUCAAUCAUAUUUGGCAGAAACCUUUUUGUUCACCUGUGGAUGAAGUUUUGAAAGACGGUGGAGCUCAUGUUUUGGAUGUUGGCUGCGGUUGUAACGGAGACUGGAUUUUUGAACUCGCCGAAAAAUAUCCAUCCUCAAAAUUCACCGGGUUUGAUAUAUCGUCCUACCUUCCAACGUCUUAUCCACACCAGAAUGUGAAAUUCUUCAAACAUUCCAUCGUGGAUGGGAUCCCCUACCCUGACAAUACAUUCGAUUUUAUCCAUUUGAGAGGCGUAGAUCUGUACUGCACUGUCGAUGAAUUUCAUAAUAAAAUAAUGAAAGAAUUCUUGAGGGCAUUAAAGCCUGGUGGAUGGUUGGAGAUUGUGGAAACUGAGGCGCUAAAUUUUGAUGAGAAAUCUGGCAAGGUGACUCAGAAGCUUAUGUCUAUCAGAUGGAUUGAGACGCUCGGAAAAGUCAGGAAUUCUGUAAAAUCUCAAAUUCCACAGUACCUUGAAGCCCAUGAUUCCGAAAAACUUUUUUCUGAAUACUAUUUCGCCAGAAAACUUUAUCCUUUGAGUAAACGUGGGGGUAAAGCUGGUCAGCUGCUACUGUUCAGUUUAAUGGCGGCUUACAAGCAGCUAAGGUUUCCGGUGAUUAAAUUUUAUCCGGAAAUUGCAAAUGAAUAUGAUUCUCUGGUGGAUGAAUAUCAAGAAGAAGUUGAAAAUUUUGAUUAUCAUGUUAGUCAGAUAAGAUUUUUUGGGCGGAAAAAUUUUGAUUAG